AUGGCCAAGAUCAAAAUAGCCAAGACGCAAAAAUUGGCAUGUCCGGAGUGUUUUAUUUUUUGGUUUGAGGAAGUAAGUGGCUAAAAUAAUAUUAUUUCUUCUUUUAUUUAGGCGACAGCUUACUUUAUGCCUUCAAAAAGCAUGGUUAGCACCUCGUGUGUGGCUUAGGAGAUGAAUUUUUGAAUUCACUUGCCAUGGAGAACAUUAUUUUUAAUUUUGUUUAUUUCAGGACGUUUAUGAGACGAUAAAGCGAACAAAUAUCUUCAAGCGAGGAGACAAGGUUGCUGUUGGGGUGUCGGGAGGCAAAGAUUCGACUGUUCUUGCGAACACAUUGGAUGUGUUGAAUAAGAGGCACGAUCUUGGGCUGGACCUUGUUUUAGUCUGUAUUGAUGAGGGAAUUGCUGGUAGGUUAAUUUUACAUCUGUUUUUUGGUGUUUAGAUGUUUUGUUCAAGUCGCUUCGGAAGCAAUGGCAUGUGGUUUUCGGCAUAAAUAGGGACCUUUUUCGAAAACAUUAUACUAGAUGGGGUAGUCUAAAGUUUUUGAUAUUUUCACUUGAUUUUGAUGGAUGUUUUGACGGAAAAAGAUGUAGAAUAGCUGAAGACGGUGUCUGAGCUGCUUGUGAUAGCUUUUAAACGAAGAAAACUUAUUUUAUUUAUGACGGUUUUUCCAAAUUUUAAUUUUUAGGUUAUCGAGAUGGUUCAAUCGAAGAAGUGCACAAAAAUGAGUCGGACCUUGGCCUAAAACUGGUGAUCCUCAGUUAUAAGCGGAUAUAUGGCUGGACAAUGGACGAGAUAGUGAAGAAAAUCGGCAACAAGAACAAUUGCACGUUUUGCGGCGUUUUCCGCCGACAAGCAUUGGAUCGGGGAGCGAUGUUGGUGGGAGCCGUGAAGCUCGUCACCGGUCAUAAUGCCGAUGACAUGGCCGAAACAGUCCUAUUGAAUAUGCUCAGAGGAGAUGUCCCACGUUUACAGCGGUGUACGGCGCCAAUGACGGGACAAGAGGGUCAACUGCCGCGAGUAAAGCCGUUCAAAUACACAUAUGAGAAGGAUAUUGUAAUGUAUGCGUAUCAUCGGAAGUUGCCUUAUUUUUGCGUGGACUGCAAAUACGCCACGAAUGCUCAUCGAGGCUAUGCAAGGUGAGGUUUUAUUUUAGUUUCUCUGAUUUUAGGUAUAAAAAAACUUGCGAAAUUCGAUAAACUAUGGGGAUUUAUGACUGGUUUCUAGUUGUAAUGGCCGUAAUAAAGUCUUAUGGUCGGCUCUUAAAGACGUCAGGCGGGUAAAAUUGUGCUCGAUUGUUUUACAUGAGGUGGGAUUCGAACUCGGGACCUUUCGAGUCUUAGGCUAGCGCAUUAUCAGUUGCGCCACAAAGACACAUGACCGUAUUUUAGGCCAUUUGGAAGUCUGUUGUAGAAAUAGGCUGCAAUAUGAUUGUCAGGGGCGGAAAACAGCGUUUUUAAUGUAUCAUUGAUACUGAUAUUAUACUAGACAUUAAAAAGUCCGGUUUUUUGCUCUAAAAUAUUUUUUCCAGAGUCCUAGUAAAAGAACUGGAAAGAGAACGUCCUCAAGCCAUAUUGGACCUAAUAACCUCGGGACACCAGAUUGCGGCCAAGGACGACGUUAAACAACCAGUCGAACGGAGGUGCAAUCGAUGUGGAUUCAUGUCAAGUCAGACAAUAUGCAAGGCGUGCCUGUUGUUGCACGGCUUGGAUACGGGCAAUGUAUCGCUGGGAGUGUCGAAAAAAGGGAAAUUGACUGAUGCCGAGGUGACUGAGUUCACGAAAAAUAAAAUCGAACGGUUGGCCCUGGAUGAGAACCGCAAUAAUAAGGUGGGAUGUGGAAAUGGAUGUGGAGAAGGAGGUUGCGGAGGGGCGAAUGUGGAUUUUUAA